AGGGAGAGAGGGAAUCGGUGGUUUGUCCCCGCCUACCUCUCCCGGCUUCUAUUUAACAGAGCCCUCCUCCUCCCUCCCCUCUCAUUCCAUCUCCCAACCAAAAACCUCGCCCACUUCCUCUCCCAUUCCUCGACCCCCCCUCCCGAAGAAGGCGGCGGCAGCAGGAGCUGGGUGCCAGUGCGGGGAGUGACCGGCGCGUGGAGAUGAAGUAUGUGCUGGUGACCGGCGGCGUGGUGAGCGGGCUGGGCAAGGGCGUGACGGCCAGCAGCAUCGGCGUGCUCCUCAAGGCCUGCGGCCUCCGCGUCACCUCCAUCAAGAUCGAUCCGUACCUCAACACCGAUGCCGGAACCAUGUCCCCCUUCGAGCACGGCGAGGUCUUCGUCCUCGAAGACGGCGGCGAGGUGGACUUGGAUCUUGGAAAUUACGAGCGGUUUUUGGACAUCAAGUUGACCCGCGACAACAACAUAACCACUGGGAAGAUCUACCAGGCUGUUAUUAACAAGGAACGAAAAGGAGACUACCUGGGAAAAACUGUUCAGGUUGUGCCGCACAUUACUGAUGAAAUACAAGACUGGAUUGAACGUGUGGCGAUGAAUCCGGUUGAUGGCACAGAUAAGCCAGCUGAUGUUUGUGUCAUAGAACUUGGUGGCACCAUAGGGGACAUCGAAUCAAUGCCUUUUAUCGAAGCAUUGGGUCAAUUUUCGUACCGCGUAGGACCUGGAAACUUUUGCUUGGUUCAUGUUAGUCUUGUACCAGUUCUAACCGUAGUUGGUGAACAGAAAACAAAGCCUACCCAGCAUAGUGUCCGUGGACUAAGAGGACUUGGGUUGAUGCCUGAUAUCUUGGCAUGCCGCAGUACUCAGCCACUGGAAGAAAAUGUGAAACUGAAACUCUCACAGUUUUGCCAAGUUCCGGUUUCAAAUAUCGUUAAUCUCCAUGAUGUAACAAAUAUCUGGCACAUCCCUUUGUUGCUCAGGGAUCAGAGAGCCCAUGAAGCUAUUUUGAAGGUUCUGGGCCUUUGGUGUGUGGGGAAAGUGCCUAAAGAACCUAAGUUGUCUGAAUGGACUGAAAGAGCCAGCAGAUUCGACAAACUGAAAUCUCCGGUCAGGAUUGCCAUGGUUGGAAAAUAUACCGGCAUAUCGGAUUCCUACUUAUCUAUUUUGAAGGCUCUUCUGCAUGCGUCGGUUGCUUUGGACAGGAAACUGGUGGUGGACUGGGUUCCUUCCUGUGAUCUUGAAGAUUCUGCUGCCGAAGAGACGCCUGAAGCCUAUAAAAAAGCAUGGGGUCUGCUAAAGGGUGCAAAUGGGGUGCUAGUUCCGGGAGGCUUUGGAGACAGAGGUGUCCAGGGGAAAAUCCUUGCUGCGAAACAUGCACGAGAAAACAACGUUCCGUACCUUGGCAUUUGCUUGGGCAUGCAAAUUGCAGUGAUCGAGUAUGCACGUUCUGUCAUGAAGCUGCGUGAUGCUAAUAGCACGGAGUUCGAUCCUGCUGCAAAAACACCAUGUGUUAUCUUCAUGCCAGAGGGCUCCAAAACCCACAUGGGUGCGACGAUGCGCCUCGGUUCAAGGAGGACAUUUUUCCAGGUCAACAACUGCAAAUCUGCUAAACUGUAUGCCAAUGCUAACUAUGUUGACGAAAGACACCGCCACAGAUACGAGGUGAACCCUGACAUGGUCUCAGACUUUGAGAAAGCAGGGCUUUCUUUCGUGGGCAGGGAUGAAAGCGGGAGACGCAUGGAGAUUAUUGAGCUGCCAGCUCAUAAGUUCUUCGUGGGUACGCAAUUUCAUCCUGAAUUUAACUCUAGGCCUGGAAAGCCAUCACCACUUUUCUUAGGACUGAUCGCGGCGUCGUCUGGACAGCUAGAGCCCUUGCUUCAGCCUACUUCGGGUGCUGUCACCUCGCCGACCAGGUGCAUCGCCGGUCCAGGAGCCCCUAAGGCGAAGUUUAAGAUGAACGGCCUGAAGUCGACGUACUACGCGAAUGGCAGCAGCAUUCACAUCUAGCAGCACGGCAGCAGAUCAGUUUUUCUUUUUCUUUUCUGCAUGUGUUUUUUUCCUUUUCUUUUUCUUUUUCUUUAGUAUGGAUCUAUCUCUCUGAUCAAGGAAGAAGAGAUGUCAGCUCCAGCGACAUGACGAGCCGUUUCCGGUUUUUAUGAAGGGAACUAUUUGGCGUCGCUCGCGCGGAAGCAAAAUUAGCUAGGGUUUAUUAGUGCUGCUCUAGUCUUGCUUGCUUGUUCGUUUGUUUCAUUAAGGAUUUUAUUAUCAAGGUUGUAAAGGCUGGGGAUGUGCAGCUAGCUUCAGUUUCAAGCCUGCCGUCUCGCCUGCUUGUACAUUCUAAAACAGAACCGCUGCUCUCUCGAGUGACUGAAUGAUUAUAAGCUGCUGUAGUAGUAUUUGGGGAAACAAAUAUGUACCAAACUGUUCCGAUCUGAA